AUGGGUACAAAAACGGGUCACUUGAUGAAUCCUCUGCCGGAAUCUCCGACAACAGUGUUGUGGCUGUAUUAUCUAUUGGCUCAACAUUAUGACAGACUAGGCUCUAUUCAACAAGCACAUAUGUAUAUUGAUCGAGCCAUUCAGCAUACACCUACUCUUAUAGAGCUUUUUAUGGUUAAAGCGAAGAUCUUCAAGCAUGCGGGUGAUGCACGUGAGGCAGCACGUCUAAUGGAGCAAGCACAGGCAUUGGAUACGGCCGAUCGUUAUAUAAAUAGUAAAUGCGCUAAAUAUAUGCUUAGGGCAAAUAUGAUUAAAGAA